AUGAUUCAAAACCACCGAGAUUCCAAAAUCCAGCUCGAGCAAGAGAAUGAGAGAUUGAAGAAGCAAGAAGCCGAAAUUUCACAGAAAUUUAACGACUCUCAGAAGGCUAAGGAGAAGCUCGAGCGAGAUACCGAGGAGCUUGAGAAGGAGAUUGAGAGGUUAAAGAAGAAAGAUAACGAACGUGGGGAACAGGCGAAGGAUUAUCUGAAGGAUAAGGCAAAGCUUGAGAAAAAUAAAAAAGACCUUCAGCAGGAUAAUGACAGACUGAAGGAGCAACAGGAGAAGAGUGCUCAGAAGGCGAAGGACGAUCAGAAGGCCAAAGAGGAGCUUGAGAAGGAGAACGAAAAGAUUGAAGCAGCUACACGAGAAGAGCGACCAGAAGGCCAAAGACGAUCAAAAGGCUAA